ACUGUUAGUAACAUCCGACACAACAGAAGGCUUCUCUCCAUCCCUGGAACUCUGACCCAAAACAAUUUUUCAGGAAAAUCGGUAACGACACAAAAAGGAGACUUAAAAUGAGCGAAGCCGCUGUUUCUGUGGAGAUGGAGUCAGCCUCCACGGAGCAUAUGGUGGCCAACAAUAAGAUUCGCUUCUCAAAGGAAGUGAAGCAGGUCAUAGACAAGGUGCUUAAAACAGAUGACCCCAUGGAUGCACCAGACUUCAAUACCGUAGACUACAUUAACCAGCUAUUUCCAAACGAACAAAGCCUGGCGGGCAUAGAUGAAACCAUCCAUAAAAUGCAGUGUGAGGUGUCGUUGAUUGAUGACAACAUCCGAUCCGUGGUACGAGGCCAGACGAAUACCGGCCAGGAUGGACAGCUGGCACUGAGCGAAGCCCAGAAGGUUAUCGGUUCGCUUUUCAGCCACAUCAUCGAUGUGAAGACGCGGGCCGAGCGCACCGAGGAGAUGGUCAAGGAGAUCACCCGGGACAUCAAGCAGCUGGACUGUGCCAAGCGCAACCUGACUGCAGCGAUAACCACCCUGAAUCACCUACACAUGCUAGUCGGUGGCAUCGAAAGUCUAAACAAACUAAUUGAGCGUCGAUCCUACGGAGAGAUUCUCAACCCGCUUCAGGCUAUUACCGAAGUUAACCAACAUUUUCAGCAGUUCUCCGACAUCGAGGAGAUCAAGAACUUGUCGCAGAGUGUGGACAAAAUCCAGGUCACCCUCGCCCAACAAAUCACCGAGGAUUUUAAGGAGGCAUUCUCGGCAAAACCCUCCGGCCAAAAUCAGCACCGAUUGGGACUCAACCAGUUGGCCGAUGCCUGCAAGGUGAUGUCUGUUCUAGAUCCGAAGGUUAAAAAAGAGCUGCUAAAGUGGUUUAUUGCCCAGCAAUUGGAGGAGUACAUGCAUCUGUUUCAUGAGAAUCAGGAUAUUGCUUGGCUUGACAAGAUCGAUAAACGGUAUGCUUGGUUGAAGCGGCAUCUUCUUGACUUCGAGGACAAGUACGGCCCCGUUUUUCCGCUAGACUGGGAGGUGUCUGAGCGUAUUACGGUAGAGUUCUGCCGACAGACAAGGGAACAAUUGGCACAGAUCAUGGCUAAACGUACUAAUGAAAUUGACGUCAGGCUGUUACUUUUUGCCAUCAACAAAACCCAGGCCUUCGAGCAGCUUCUCGCCAAGCGAUUCACGGGUGUGACACUGGGAGCUACCCAUUCAGAGCAAGUGCGCGUACUUACAGAGCCUUCUACGGCUGAUACUCCAGCUGGCAUAACAGUGUUCCACGAUCAAAUCGGCCAAUGUUUUAAGUCGCAUCUGGACAUCUACAUACGGAGCAUUGACAGGAAUCUCGCGGAGCUGAUGGAAAAAUUCGUGGAGAUGUCCCGCGAGCCAUAUAAGUUCGCCGAAGCAAAGACCACCGUGUAUCCUAGUUCGGGGGAUCUGUUUGUCUUCUACAAGAAGUGCAUGGUGCAGUGCAACCAGCUUAGUAACGAGCAGCCCAUGUACGAUCUUGCACUAGUCUUCAAGAAGUACUUGCGCGAGUAUGCAUCGAAGGUGCUGGAGGGCAGCACACCGAAACUGGUGCCCGCUACAACGGGAAGUUCUCUCGGAAAAAGCGUCUCAUUGCUCACUCGCGACAUGCAGAACCUUUCUACGGCCGCCGGACAAGUUUUCCACAACUUCCUUAAAGAGGGGGAUACGCAGCGUUUCUCGCGGGACGACCUUGUACGGAUAUGCUGUGUUCUGACUACCGGCGAGUAUUGCCUCGAGACAGUCCAACAGUUGGAGGACAAACUGAAGGAAAAGGUGACAGCUGUCUACGUAAGCAAAAUUGAUAUGAGCGAGGAGAAGGAUGUGUUUCAUCGCAUCAUAUCGAACUGCAUCCAACUGCUGGUACAAGAUUUGGAGGCAGGAUGCGAGGCUUCUUUACAAGCAAUGGCUAAAGUGCAGUGGCAGCAUAUCAACAACGUUGGUGACCAGAGCGCCUUCAUUAGCAGCAUGUGCGGAAACUUUAAGCAGACGGUUCCAACCAUUCGGGAUACAUUAGCCAGUUCACGGAAGUAUUUUACACAAUUUUGCCAUCGAUUCGUGGCCGCCUUUGUGCCAAAGUUCAUAAACGUCCUGUACCGUUGCAAACUCACGUUAUCCGAUGGCUCCAACAAUGUCCUGGGUUGUGAGCAACUUCUACUGGACACACACUCGCUUAAGACGGCUCUCUUGGAGCUUCCUUCGGUGGGAUCGAGUGUGAAUCGUAAAGCACCCACCAGCUAUACGAAAGUUGUGGUCAAGGAUAUGACCCGGGCGGAGAUGAUCAUAAAAGUGGUAAUGACGCCAGUUCAACCACCAGCGCAUUUUACGCAACAGGUACUCAAACUGUUACCCGAUAUCACCAUUGCUGAGUACCAGAAGAUUCUUGACAUGAAAGCGGUCAAGCGGGUGGAUCAACUGCAACUCAUUGAUCUCUUCAAGCACACCGCCUCGGCAGCUGCGGUUAGUGGUCUGAUAGAGCCAGCUGCUAAUGAGGAAGAGGCACAAGGCGUAGAGUCUGCAAGCGGAACUUUGGGAACCUCUGAAGACGUCGAUCCACCAACUGCAGCCAUCGAAUCAACUGCAAAUACAUCCAAUGCAACAACGUCUUCCUCCACACCCAAAAGAGCCUUUAUUUUCAGCGUUGGCAGUUUCACGGGAAGUGCCGACAAGAAUGCCGAUGGGAGCUCUCAAACUGGCAUUCGAAAAUUAGAAAAUCUUCUGAAGAAACGAUUUCCUUAAUCUUGCAUUGAUUUGGAAACUCGACUUUGACAUUCCCCGGAGCUUUCCGUAGUUUAAUUUAACAAUAUUCUGUAAUUUAUUCUAAAAAUCCGGCAUAGGUUAUGGAUAUAUUUUAAAAUAAUAAUAACAAACAAAAGUUGUUUUAUUUUAUUUAAAAAUAUUUCUAGAAUCCUUUCUAAAAUAUAUAUUUAUCUAUUUU